UUUUCUUUCAAAAAAAUUAGUCAAUAGUCAAAAUCGGUGUAAAUUUGAUCGUCCUAUAUUAGGUGAAUAUUAUUCAUAUGAAAAUGGUCUUGAAACUCAUACAUCAUUUAAAGAAAAUGGUAAUAUUGAUCGACUUUUUUAUCGUCGUCAAUCAGGUCUCGGUGCUAAUGCAAAUAUAAUAACAAUUCUCAAUAAUCAGUUACUUGGAGAAUGUUAUACAAUUAAUUGGAGAUCAAAACCUUUUCAACAUAUUUCAAAACAACAUUAUGAACUUAUUUAUCGUGAUAAACAAAAAUCUUGUUAUCAAUGUUAUCAAAUUUAUAAUCGAACACGAAAUAUUCUUCAAAUACGAAAAAGUGAAUGUGAUGAAGUAACAUCAUUUUAUACAAAUGAAAUGAAUCUUCAAGAUCUUUGUUUAACAAUUAAUGAAGAAUCUGAAUUUGAUACAUUAUUUUUAAAAACUUAUUCUGCUGAAGAAUGUCGUGCAACUAUUUAUGGAACAUUCCAUUUUACAUAUGAAUUUCGUGAAGGUGGUAUUGGAAUAUGUGAUAAUCCAAUUUCACGUUUAGUUUCAUGUCCUGAUCCUGGAACACCAUUUGAAGUUGUUAAUGAACGUUUUUGGAUGACAUAUGGUUAUUGUCGUGAUCUUGUUUCAUCAAUUGAUGCUCAACCACUUUAUCAAUGUUUAGGUUAUUGGAUAAAUGAAAAAGGUGAUAUAUUUACUGCUAUUGCUAAUGAACGUGUCGGUUCAGAACGUUGGUAUGAUAAAUUUCGUUGUAUGUUAACACGAAAAGAUCAACCACAAUGGUUUGCUAAAUCUUUAUUUGCUGAAUGUUCACGAUUAUAUUCACCAACAGAUGGUCCGGAAAAAGUUAUUAUUACACCAAUUAUACCUGAAGUACCAACACCAACAUGUGUUUUUCCAGAUAACUUCACCGGUGAAUGGAUUAAUACAGCAAAUGUCAAUGCAAAAACAAUCAUUAAUGCAACACAUAUCUAUGAAAUAGCUAAAGUUAAUAAUCGUGGUUGGUUAAGAGAAACAUAUUAUGUUUGUCAACAAAUAAGUCGACAACAAUAUUUAGUUAAAACAGUUACAACAGGAGAAUGUUUUUCAUAUUAUAUUUGUUUUGAUUUUAAAGAUCGUCAUCAUAAUAUAUUACGAUAUAGAAAAUCAAAAUCAUUUAUGUCAAAUGUUUAUGAUGAUUUA